AUGGUCGAUCGCCUGGGUUUGUUUUGUUCCGUUCUGGAUACUUUCAUGAACAGCGAAGCGAAUGCGCGUCGCAUCUCGAACGUUGAGGCUUGUUUCGGCAGUGCUGGUCAACCUCUGGCAGCCUAUGGGCGCGUCCUGGUUGGUGAAGGAGUGUUGGUGAAGAUGUGCAGGAAGAAGCCGAAGCCUCGCCAGUUCUUUCUGUUCAAUGACAUCCUCGUCUACGGCAAUAUUCUGUUCUCAAAGAAGCGUUACAAUAAGCAGCAUGUGAUUCCGCUGGAAGAGGUGCAGCUCCAGGAUCUUGAGGACGAAGGCGAUAUGAAAAAUGGUUGGUUAAUUAAGACGCGCUCGAAGUCUUUCGCUGUAUUCGCCGCAACCAAUACGGAGAAGAAGGAAUGGAUUCUGCACAUUGAUCGCUGCAUCCACGAUAUUCUUACCAAAGGAGGUAAGAAAGCGGCAACCGAGCACGCGGCAGUUUGGGUACCAGAUGGUGAAGCGACUAGGUGCAUGGCUUGUCAGAGGACCCAAUUCACCGUCAUACAGCGCAGGAUUGCUUAUGUUUUUUACUAG